CUCAUUCUGUUUGCAAACAUUUACCAAUAAAUAUGGGUCAUGACAGACAUUCAACUGGAGGCAGGUAACGAGAUAACGAAACUGUCCUGUCUAAACACUGAAAAUGUCGAAGCCGCUUGUGUUCGUUUCCCGUAUUCCCCCUCCCCAGGGCAUGAAGAUGAUAGAGGAGUUCUGCACAGUGCGGGCAAUGAGGGAGGAUCGUUUUAUUACCCGAGAGGAGAUGCUGGAGGGUGUGGUCGGUGUAGAGGGAAUUCUGUGUCAUCCCCCUGACAAAGUCGACAAGGACGUACUUAACGCCGCAGGACCAACUUUAAAAAGUGUGAGUACCAUGUCCGUUGGUCUUGAUCACAUAGAUCUGGGCGAGUGUAAAGCCCGGGGUAUCAGUGUUGGAUACACACCUGGUGUACUGACGGACGCAACAGCAGAAACCACGGUCGCCCUACUUCUGGCCACGUCACGUCGACUCAAAGAGGCGUUUUCCGCAGUUGUUGAUGGUGGCUGGGGAUCUUGGGCUGACGGUCUGUAUUUGUGUGGGAAAACUUUGUUUGAAUCGACAGUUGGAAUUGUCGGAUUAGGGAGAAUCGGAUUGGCUGUUGCUAAGCGAUUGCAGCCUUUUGGCGUCAAGAAGUUUCUAUACAGCGGGAAUACAAAGAAAGAAUACGAUGUGGAAGUUAAGGCUGAAUUCGUAAACUUUGAGCGCCUACUGCAAGAAUCUGACUUUGUCAUAGCUUGCUGUUCUAUGAACAAGGACAACGCUGGAUUGUUCAACAAAGGAGCCUUUAGUAAAAUGAAGAAAGGCGCCAUUUUUAUCAAUACAAGUCGUGGGGUGCUGGUUAACCAGGAAGAUCUGUAUGAUGCAUUAAAUUCAGGAACCAUUUUGGCGGCAGGGUUGGAUGUUACAAGUCCGGAACCCCUACCCCGUUAUCAUCCUUUGCACUCUCUAAAAAACUGUGUGAUAACACCCCAUAUUGGCAGUGCCACGGUGUACGCUAGGAAUGCAAUGGCAGAGCUAGCAGCUAGAAAUUUAAUAGCAGGCUUGAAAGGGAAUGAGCUUCCAUCGCCUGUACCCAGUUAAAACUUUAUAAAUACGUCUAGUUAUUUUAAAUUAAACAAUUUAGGUGCUUCAUUUGUAUUCACUCCAUUCCUCUGCAUGGGGUAUUAAAAUAUGUAUCAAGUAGUAAAUUCUUGUUUUUUAUGUUA